AUGAGUGGCAGCAGCAGAGCUACCGCUGGAUCAAGCAGCUUGACGGGAGCGGCAAGCUCAGGUGGAGCUGGGUCGAAUUUCCGGGUGCCGAAAUGUGCCCGUUGCCGGAACCACGGUGUCAUCUCGGGAUUGCGUGGUCACAAGAAACUGUGCUCGUACCGGAACUGUCGCUGCGCAAAGUGUGAGCUAAUAUUGUCGCGCCAGAAGAUUAUGGCCGCGCAGGUGGCACUAAAACGACAGCAAGCGGUUGAAGACGCCAUAGCGCUUCGGUUGGCUUCCACCGAAACCGGAACUCAGCUGGAGGCGCUUCCACCGGGCAAAAUUUACGGCAUGACCGUCACAGAACCGUGUCCCUCUCCAUCCCCUUCAUCCUCGACGGCCACGGUCGAUGUCACCUCUUCUACGUCGUCCGACGGCAUCGGAUUCGAACCGGCCGAAGACAUGCGAUUGCCAUGUAAACCGGAAACCACCGGCACUGUGACCGUGUCUCAGCACGCGCUCGACAUGUUGGCUCAACUGUUCCCGCACCGGAAGCGGUCCGUCUUGGAGCUCAUCCUGAAACGGUGCGAUUCUGACCUACUGCGAGCGAUCGAACAAUGUAGUCAGUCGCAGAAUGCUAGCGCUUUCAAACCACCGGGCACUGGAACGGCUACAGUUUCGAACACCGGCACCAUACCGACGACGGUUCGCGAUCAGGUCCUGGCCGAUAGAGGGCGCGAUGGUGCGUUGUUGAGUUCCUUCCCGACACCACCAACGGUCAGUCCGACCGGGUAUCCACCCUUCAUCGCGUACCCCAAGUGGCUGUUGCCGAUGUCGAUUCCGGUGUCCUUUAGCCACAUUGCUCCCAACUUGGCGCCAAGGUGUACGCUGCCCAACUGCGUCAUGUGCGUUCACCAUCCGAUCUGA